AUGACAGGCAGUCUUCGUACAUCGACAGGAACAUUUGAUGGUGGCGGUGGUGGAAGCACAAUUGUUGAACAAACAACAGAUAUAAUCAAUCGUUUUCGUAAUAGUCUCAUUCGAAAUCGUAAAGAACGUUUAUUAGAUGAAGAUAUUCAAGCAACAGAAAAUAUUGUUAAUCAAUUACAUUUUAGUGAAUUAAUGGCAAAAGAAACAUUAGGAAAAUUAAUAAUGCAAGGAGAUUCAAUGCAACGAUCUUAUGGUUUAAUAAAUAAAUUACAAAAAGAAAUUAAAGAUAUUGCAGAAGAUUUAAAUGAAGUUCAUGGUGGAAAAUGUUGUGGUGCUUGUGCAAAUGAAACAUUUUUUGGUUUUGCAUGUUUUGGAUGUUUACAUAAAAAGAAAAAGAAAAAGACAAAGAAAAAAACUAAUCAAAGAAAAUCAUAUCAACAUAAAUUAAUAAAAAUGAAUAAUUUUUCUAAUGAUAUAAAAACAGUUGAACAAAAUUUUGAUCCAUUUAAUCAAAUUCGUUGGAGUUCAGCAACAGAACGUGAAGAAAUUAUUGCUAGAACACGUGCUUUAGCACGAGAACGACGAGAACAUAUUGAUUUUAUUAAUAUAAUUAAUCAAUUAAAGGAUAUUAAACGUAAAGAAACAGAAGCAAAUGAUCAAAAAUUUAAAAAAAUUCGUGAUUAUCUUUUACAACAUCAUUCAUUAGCUUAUGGAUAUAUUGAUCAACCUGAACGUCUAAUAAAUGAAAUUGAUAUGGCAAUUAAUUUUACUCAAUUAAAUACACAUUUAGAUCAUUUAUUACAAAUGAGUGAAAUAAUGACUAAUGAAGUUAAUCAACAUAAUAUUGUUAUUACUAAAAUUGAAGCACAAGCAAUGGAAAGUGGAGAUCUUCUUACUAAUUAUACAUUACUUGGUCAUCAUAUAUUAGGUUCAUCACCAACACAACUUCAAACAAUAACAAAUACAAAUACAGAUACAUCUCAUUUUGGUGCUUUAGGCAUACCUAAUGGACAAAAAGUUCUUCUAAAUUCUGUACUUUAG